AUGAGCGGAGACAUUUCUAAACCAACGAGUAAAAGACGCGUGAUAGAUUGGAACCCGUUAGAAUUGGGUAUAGCUUCUUCGCCGACUAACAGCUAUGCACAUCGGCUUCCACCAACGAAAGGACGAACGUGCAAACCAGGACCUGGCUCCACGCGUGAAGAGAUUAUUCGUUGGCUUCAGGCACAGGAUGCAUACACACUUCAUCGACCGGCACGGUAUAAAUUCCCGCGCUUGCGUUACAACGUCACGAAUAUCGACGAUCUGUGGGAGGCUGAUUUGGUUGAACUCGCUAAUCUCCGAAAUUACAAUGAGGGCUAUUGUUACUUGUUGACAAUCAUCGAUGUGCUUAGCAAAUUUGUCUGGGUAGAACCAAUACGAAGUAAGACUUCGGACAGUGUGACGGAAGCUUUUCGUCGCGUGCUCUCAAGAAGCAGAGGACGAGUACCAGUGUGGUUGCAGAGUGACAAGGGUAAAGAAUUCAUCAGGCAAACAUUUCAAAAAUUUCUGAAGGAAAAGAACAUAAGUUUUCGCACGGUACGAAAUCCGGAUGUCAAAGCAGCGGUGAUCGAACGCUUCAACAGAACGCUCAAAGAACGUUUAUGGCGCUAUUUUACACACAAAAAUACACAUCGCUACAUAGAUGUUUUGCAAAGCAUCGUGCACGCUUACAAUCACACUCGACAUUCAACCAUUAAAAUGGAACCGGCAAGCGUUACGUUGGAAAAUGCACGCAUCGCUCGUGAACAUAUGCAGCAGCGAUACCAUCAUCUCGAUAAACUCGAUCGAAGAAAUCAUAGACGAGGAGCUAAAUACAAAGUGGGUACACUAGUGCGCGUCAGUAGAGCGAAAGGAGUCUUUGAGAAAGGAUAUGAGGCGAACUGGACGGAAGAAAUAUUUCGUAUUCACCGUAUUCUCGAGUGGCGAAACUCCUGUGUGUACGAAUUGAGUGAUCUGUCAGGUGAAGUGAUCGAUGGGAUAUUUUACGAGCAAGAACUAACCGGGGUAAACAAAAACUUACAAGAAGAAGAAUUUAUCGUGGAUAAGAUGAUACGACGCAGAGGACGAGGAGCUAAUAAAGAAUUUUUCGCCAGCUGGCAGGGUUACCCUUCUAAAUUCAAUUCCUGGAUAGCUGCUUCGAAUAUAAAACUGCUUCCAAACCAUGAUGGGGGAAAACUAGUUUCUCAUGAUACUACCGAGCAAUAG